AUGGAUUUGACUGAUGAUGAUUGUGUUUUGGUGGAUGAGUAUGAUCAUGUUCUUCCUCAUCUUGUAUAUGCACCCACAUCUGUCCCCGGCAAAGGUGCCAACAUAGAAGAGUUUGAAAGCCAACUGCAAGGCUGUAAAUGUUAUGGGGAUGAUGUAUGUGCAUUGUCUUCGUCUUGUACAAAUGCUCAUGUCUGUUCUCAGAAUUACUCAUCGGAUGGAACAAUUCUGGCUCACAAGUGGGUUUCUGGGAGCAUUGUAGAAUGUAACUCUCAGUGUACUUGUUCUGUAAAGAAAUGUGGCAACAGAGUGGUUCAAUUUGGGCCAAGGAAAAAUUUGUCAGUUUUUAUGACUGGCCCAGAAAAAGGAUAUGGUCUGAAGACAACAGAGCUCAUUCCAAAGGGAGAAUUUAUUUGUGAAUAUGCUGGAGAAGUAAUAGGGAUGGAUGAAGCUAAGAUAAGGUUCAAAGCUGCAUCCAUGAAAGGGGAAAUGAACUAUAUUUUUGUCUUGAGAGAAUUUGUUGACUCUGAAAAGAAAACUGUAACUGAAACAAUAAUUGAUCCUUCAGUAAUUGGCAACAUAGGGAGAUAUAUAAACCACAGUUGCAACCCCAAUGCGGGUAUUGUUCCAGUUCGAGUAGAUUCUCCUGUGCCUGUACUUGGAAUAUUUGCAAGAAGGAACAUAAGUGCAGGUGAUGAAAUUACUUAUGAUUAUUCUGGAAGCUAUAACAUGCUUUCUGAUGUAAGUAGUGUAAACAGCUUUAGCAGUAAACCUUGUCGCUGUGGUUCUCAAGACUGCUCUGGCUCAUUGCCAUUUGACACAAGCCUUGUGUAG